CUGGAGCUGGGGCCGGGCGUUAUGGAGGACUGCAACAAGUACAUUCGGAAGCAACAGCAGCUGGAGACUGAGAAGCCCUUGCAGGUGGCUCGGGUGGACAGCAGCGUCCCCAGGACUGAGGAGCUGACAGGCAUCACCACCCUGGACGACCCGCUGGGACAAACACCAGAGUGUUUCGAUGCCUUCAUCUGCUACUGCCCCAAUGACCUCCAGUUUGUGCAGGAGAUGAUCCGGCAGCUGGAGCAGACCGACCACCGGCUGAAGUUGUGCGUGUCAGACCGCGAUGUGCUUCCCGGCACUUGUGUCUGGUCCAUCGCCAGUGAACUCAUCGAGAAGAGAUGCCGCCGGAUGGUGGUGGUGGUCUCAGAUGAUUACCUACAGAGCAAGGAGUGUGACUUCCAGACAAAAUUUGCACUCAGCCUCUCUCCAGGUGCACAUCAGAAACGUCUGAUCCCCAUCAAGUACAAGCCCAUGAAGAAGGAGUUCCCCAGCAUCCUCCGCUUCAUCACCGUCUGUGACUACACCAACCCAUGCACCAAGUCCUGGUUCUGGACCCGCCUGGCCAAGGCCUUGUCCUUGCCUUAAUGGGGGCAUCUGGACCAUGGAGGAGGGCCUGAACCAUAGGGGUGCCCUAAAUGUGCCUUACUCCCCUUCACCUUUUAUUUCUCUGAGACCUGGCAGCUCCAAGCUGCACCCGAGGAGCAAGGAGGGAAAAUCAGAGUGGAGCUCUGUGCGAUCACAGCAGGAACUGUCUCAGGGGUGCCCUGGAGAGACCAUUUUGGGGUUCAGAGGGUGUAUGUAGGAGGAACCUAGGCCCCCUCGCUCUUCUCCUCGGGGUGGAUCCCUCCCUAAGCCUGGCCCGCCAAGCUCCUCCUCUUGUUGGCAUACAGACCCCUGCCAGCCUCUGACCCCUGAUCUACGGACAGAUCUGAGCAAUUGGGGAUGUCCAGGGGAUAAUGAGUCCUGCACGGUCAGACCCAAUGUAGAAAGGGGCCUGGGCCCUGAGUGUGUCCAUUCUAUCUGAGCGGCCAUGGUCUCUCCCUGGCAAUGUCAGGAGAAAAGCUUUCUCCUUGUGCCACCACUCACACACAGAGUGAGCCCCAACAGCUUCUUUCCCUCCUUCCUCUGGCCUUCCUUCCCUCCCUUCCUCUCCUUCCUCUCUUCCCUC